UGGUCCACUAACGACAAUACAGUUACAGAGCAUUUUCACACAGAACUGUCUAACUGCAACAUGACACCCGCCAACACGACCGUACAGAAGGCGACAACAUUUCUUUUUCUGUUCUGAGGGGGUGGGGAGUGAGUGGGCCAUGUGAAAGGUGCAAGAGACCCUCUUAGAGCAGUUGUGCUGCUAGAGAAAUGAAAGAGACCAACGGAUUCAAAGAACUUGGAAAUCAGGAAUAAACUGGAUUUUCUUUCUCUUGGAUGCAAGGCGUAAACGGGAGUUGUUGGCUGCAAGCACAUAAAGGGGAGUGCUCCCAGAUUUCCAGAAAGAUAAAGAUCAGAAGAGAGACAGGCCUUGAAAAUCACCUGAAGGUUAGAGGACACCAAGUAUAAGAAGAGGAAACUAAUAAAGUAGCACAUGCCAUUUUUAUACCUGGUUUAAAUGCAUCAAUAUAUGUGAGAAAAGUGAUUCCAGUGAAUGAGAACAUCCUAUUGCAAACAGUCAAUUGGAAAAGACAUUCGAUUUUAUCAUUAGACAUGCUUACUGUUUGAUAACGUACAUAAAUUCAUUGUGUAUUUUACAACUCUGACACAAUGCAGCUGUCACUGAGGAAGUUUUUGUAGGAUUCUGAGAGAAACUGGACUCUAACAACAACCAAUCCAUAUUGACUGUAAUUUGCUGGUGUGGUUAAGGAAAAAUACAGAUGUUUCUUAACUCUAUCCUUGUGGUCAUUACUGACCUGGCAGCUGGACUUCUCGGCAACGCAUCUUUUCGACGUCAUUUUCAUUUGUUGCUUACAGCAUUGCUUUUGUUUGGGCCCCUCCUGAGUCUAUGGGUUUCCCAUUAUAGUGUGUUUGCAAAGAGGACUCACUUUCUCUACAGGGUUUUCCUGCGCUCAGGCUGGGGCUGGACCUGCAUCUUUGUUGGCUCUUUUGUCUUUGUCCUCUCUUUCUCAGUUCGUCGCUCACUCACACUUUCCCUGCGACACCUUUCUCGGCUAGCUGUGGCAGGUGGAUUGUGGCUGGGCUUCCGCAAACUGCUUUGUCUAUUGGAGAAUGCCACCGGGAGCUGUUAUGAACCCCUCAGCUCCAGUCUUGAGCUGGCUUCAGGGACCAAUGGAGAUGGCCAACCUUUAUUGCUUUUACGGGAAGGUGAAACAAAGGAGGCCUGUGUCCGCUCUGGCAUGUUGUGGCGUGGCUAUGAAGUAUCUGAAGAUGCCCUCCUGCUGUGUUUGUGCUGCCUGCUUCUAGCUGAAGAGACUGCAGUAUUUGGGCCGUACCUUUGCCUGGGUGGACCCUCUGAAGCCCCGCUGCGCAUCCUCUUCCUGUUCUGUGUCCUUCUGUUGAGUCUCUGGGUGUUCCUGCUGCUCUGUCUGUUGGCUUACUUCCCAGAGUUUCCUACUCAGCUUCUGGGAGGCGCUCUGGGUUGUUUAAGCUGGAGAGCAUUGUAUCAGGGCUGGUACCGACUUGGACCUAGUUGGUACUGCCCCGGGAGGCCAGGGGUUGGACUUUUGUCAACACAGAGUAAACAGGAUGAGACAACUGAGACACUGUGUGAAACUAAUGAUAAAGACAUCAACUAGAGAAGGUUUGAGGAAUUAAAGCUUGGCUGAAUUUGGACUAAUUAUAUGGUGCUUUAUUACACCAGUGAAACCUAAAGAAUAUACACCCAAAUCUGUCAAUGCAAAGUUUAUGUAUA